AUGUUUCUUCAAGAUUUUACACAAGAUUUAUUGAUGAUGUUGGAAUUAGGCAAAAUGAGUUUUUCGGCAAUGUUCGAGUCUGAAAAUCUUGAUCGACCGGGUCCGGAUCCAGAAAAAUUAAAUUCACCGGGUCCGGGUCCGGAUCCAGAAAAAUUAAAUUCACCGGGUCCGGGUCCAAAAAUUCUUGGACCCGAUGGACUCUAA